ACCUCUCCCUCUCUUAUAGCAAGGACUUUUCUUCCUCAGAUUGUGGUAAAAGAUCAUCAUGAAGGUGUUUAUGUGCGUGUUGGUGACUGUGGCGUUGACGGUGUUGAGUGUUGAUGCCUCGCCUCAACUCAGCAACGUGGGAGCUACCUCACCCUGCCCGGAUCCUGGCCCACUCACCGCCAUGACCGCUCUCACGGAAGAGCUGUGUGUACAUGCCGACAAGACCAAGUGUGAAGCCAACAUGGAGAACUGUAUGAACCAACUCAAGCCAGUGAAGAACCCCAACCAGCACUACAACCGCACACUUUGGAAGGAGAAGAUGUUGCAAAACACCACUACCUGUGCUAAUCAGCUGGGUUACAGCUUCACUCCUCCUGCCUCAACAGAUAUUGUUGCAGGCUCCAGUACAAACAAAGGCAACAGUGACAGCAGCUCGAACAGUGCAAGCCACGAGCACUGUCCUCAUCACUUCAGUUUUGAGAAGUAUCUCACCAAGUUAGGUUUUAGCCAGGACGAGCUGGUGCCCAUGAUGCAGUGCCUUAUGACCAUGAAGCUAACUCUUGAUAAAUAUCGUACGUGUAUCAACCAGUAGGAAGACCACCACAUGGAACACAGCCUGACGUCCAGUAGGAAGACCACCACAUGGAACACAGCCUGACGUCCAGUAGGAAGACCACCACACGGAACACAGCCUGACGUCCAGUAGGAAGACCACCACACGGAACACAGCCUGAC